CUCCUUUCCUUCUUCUCCCCUCUUCUUUCCUCCCCUCUCUUUCUUUUUCCCUCCCCUCCACUCCUCUUUCCCUCUCCAUCCUUUCUCCUUCCUUCCUCGGCCUAGACGAUGCAAUGGUGGAAACGGCCGAGGAGGCCAUGGAGCCCGCCGAGGCGGACAUCACGGGGUUGUGCCAGGACAUGUUUUCCAAGAUGGCCACGUACCUGACCGGCGAGCUGACAGCCACCAGCGAAGACUAUAAGCUUCUGGAAAAUAUGAACAAGCUGACCAGCUUGAAAUAUCUAGAGAUGAAAGAUAUCGCAGUCAACAUAAGCAGAAACCUAAAGGACCUAAAUCAGAAAUAUGCAGCACUUCAGCCUUAUCUGGAUCAAAUCACUUUAAUUGAGGAGCAAGUCUCAGCUCUUGAGCAGGCAGCCUACAAGUUGGAUGCAUAUUCAAAGAAACUAGAAGCAAAGUACAAGAAGUUAGAGAGGCGAUGAAAAUUUUUUAGCACAAAAAUUGAACUCCACGAAUGUGUCAUUCGAGCUGAAAUGAGUGAGAUGGAACUUAUCAGACUGCUAUGCUUCGGUUCCAGCAAAGGCCAAGGGGCCCGCAGGUCUGAGGAGGACCAGCCCUCCUUUGGCUGGAUGUGUAAUUUUGGCCACCCCUUGAUGUCUUCCUAAAACCGUCCCCCUGGAACUUCACCUUCUUGUGUGCUUCCUUGUGUGCCCUGGACUAAGGCUCAGAAAUCAGGAUCAACCCCCCACUCCCAUCCUCCCACCUCCCUCUGCCAGAGCAGACCCAGAUGAGCUACUCUGGCAUCCUUGUCUCCUACCCCUCCCCUCUCUGUUUGACUGUUGCAAAUGCUAUCCCACUUUCUAAUAACCUGUUCUUGAACUUAAAUAAUAAAUGUCAAUUUG